AUGAAAUUUUCAGUUGGACAAUGCGAUAAUUUUACGCAAGAAAUGUGCAGAACGCCCGCUCUUAGCAAAAUUGCAUUAGAAAUGUGCCCACAUACAUGCGGUCUCUGCGACAAGCCUGGUGCUGGCGAUGAAUGUCCAGACACCAUUGAUGGAUGCGAAAGCUUGAGGGGAUUUUGUCAUGUUGAUUCGAUUAGAAAUAUGUGCCAGAGGACGUGUUUUUCAAGAGAUUGUCUUCAAAAUCUCACAACAGCAGCUUCGCAAUCCAGUGGUUGCACUGAUGCACACGCCAACUGCACGUUAUAUCGGAACCUUUGCAACAUUGGUGAUUAUGGAAGUGUGAUGAGAAGACAAUGCAGGCGAACCUGUGGUCAUUGCUGA